AAGGCCCCCCUCCUGAUAUGGAGAACUUGAUGGAAAUGGUCGCUGUUGCUCAGAGUCGACGACUAGAUGACCAGAGGGCAACCUGUAGUCACCUGCCUGGCUUUGACCCCAUUGCCAAUAUCUCCAGUAAUGGCAAGGGGUUGCCACAAGGAAAAACCUGCUGUUACCUUUGUAUGAAGGAUUCCAGAACAUUCCAAGCAUCUCCAAAUGCAGGGGAGCUACCAAAAGAAAUGGACAACUCACAAAAGGCAGAGGAAAUGUCUUCUCCAGUCAAGACACCUGAGGGAGUUAUCGUUCCUGAGGAUGACUGUUUUUCUCUAAUUAACCGUAUACACAGCAAACAGCUCGAGAAGAAUUUGGCAACCAGAGGCAUUUUCACAAAAAACAGUUAAGAAGAACAACGUUCACAUCUUCAGAUAAAAUGGACACUAUCCCCACCACAUCUGUUGAUUUGAUAGGAUAAAUAACAAGACUAUAGUUAGUGAUUUAAACUGUAAUUGUGUUUUUUGAGCUUAACAAUCAAUAGUUAUAUCUUGUUUACUUAUAUAAAACAUUUCAACAGCAUUGUUACCCUCUCCUUUAAUACCGAACAGGCAUUUUCUCCAGCAGUAACGCUGGUCCGACUUUUAACAUAAAGAAAUAAAA